AUGGAGUGCCGCUGCUUCGAAGGGCUCUUCAGUGAAUCACCGCAGGAGCUGACUGCCCUUCAGCGCGGCCUAGGCCCUGGCAUCCAUGCCGUGCUGGAAGGCUGGGUGUGCUUGGUGACCUCCAGCUCCCCGCGAAAGUCCAGAGAGGUUUAUGCAAGGCUCACUGCAGAUGCCCUUGGCUUCUACAAGGACAAGCCGCAAAUGGUCUACGACCC